CAAUGCAGCAACGUUGCAGGAACACUGAAGUAUGGUACAAUACGACGCAUGCUAAACCAUCGAGCGAGGCCAGAAUGUAGUGACAAUGCUUGACAUAGUACUCGUCGGCCUCUCAGUCAUGACCACAGUUUCAGAAUGCUACCUGGAUUUGGCAAUCCGAGAGGUAGGCUCACCGUUGGACAAAUGACUUCACGAGAACAGACAGAGCGAGACUCAAUGGAAGUUUGCACACAUAACGACGCGGCGUUCCGUCGGGUCCCGAGAUCGUGGUCCUUAUCAAGAGACAACUCAAGGACACACCGAGUCCGAGUCGGAUUCAAAGAGCAUCAUCGUACGCACCGCCAUCUACAAUCUGAAGCUCAACUGAAGUCGUGCAAUGCUGCCGCCAAUUUUCGAGGGCAAAGUCAUUCUCAUCACGGGGGCGGGAAGUGGUAUUGGGCGGGCUACGGCCAUUAAACUCGCGAAGCUCGGAGCCCGCCUUGCCAUCACAGACAUCGAUCUCGGCGGUGCAGUGGACACCUACCAUCUCUGUGGAGGCAAACCGCAUUACACCGGUGUCAUGGACGUCAGCUCGAAGGUAGACGUCGAGCGCCGUAUAGCCGAGAUAGUUUCUGGCCUUGGCCGUCUGGACCAUGUGUUCAACUGCGCCGGCAUCAACCCCACGAGCAUCCCUCUCACGGAGACGACAGACGAGUACUGGGACAAGCUCGUCAACGUGAAUCUGAAGGGGAUCUACCUCGUCACGCGCGCUACGAUCCCGCACCUCACGACGCCUGGCGGAUCGUACGUGAACGUGUCCUCGAUCUGUGGACUCCAUCCGCAAGCAGAACAGGCUAUCUACUGCGCGACGAAGCAUGCGGUGAUUGGGUUCAGCAAGAGCAUGGCGCUGGAGCUGGGGCCGAAGGGCGUGCGGACCAACGUCGUCGCGCCUGGAUAUAUCGAUACGCCGACGAACUCGGGCGUGGUCAAGGGCGGGGAGGACGUGACGCGAAUGGAGGACGGCAACAGCCUCGGUCGACUCGGGACUCCCGAAGAGGUCGCGGACGUGGUAGCUUUCUUGAUGAGCGAGGAAGCGAGGUACAUGAACGGGAGUGUGGUAGAGAUUCACGGCGGACUGAAGGUGCUGGAGUGUUAAUUCUCGCACGAAACGGAGACUUGGAGCCGCACUGAACAUGAACAGAUGGUAGUCAAUUGAUCGACUCCGUCUAGUUUUCAUACUGGUGUGCAUGUUCCGCGGUCGGCGUAGUGUCCAGAUAGAACCGAAACGUACAUACAGACGGGGAUUUUUGUUGAGUCCUCUUCAGGUUGUGCACCGCGGCGUUUGGCCCACCCUUUCUGGUCCAGCCUAGAUAAGCUCCUACCGACAGCCCGCACGUACUUCACGGAGAAUUGUGAUACAGGUACAUACUCCUGGUGGGCCACCCCACACUGU